CGCCCGGCGCUCGUUGACGACCGUUGCAGCUGCCGGUUUGUAUUUUUUCCAAACCCUGAGUUUUUUCUUACCGUGCAUGACUCGUGUGCCAAAUUGUGGUCUGCCCCCACAGGCAUGUUAGACCGGUGCACUGGGCCGGAUAUAACAAAGUUUGAUAUCACGUCCGGUUGUUUGCUUGAGCCCCUUAAUCGGCAGCUGCUGUUGGGAACCAUGGGGGGUGAACUGAAGGCAUUUUCGGUAGCACUUCUGGAACUGUCGUUGGAUCUGACACCCGCCAUUCAACCAUAUAUUCUUGGUAGGGAGAUCACGGACCUUUAUACAGUGACGCGAUACGGCGAUGAUGACAGAACAUAUGUGAUGGUUACCACAGAAUCCACGAUUAUUAUUGUCCCGUUCCGUCCAGACUGCGGUCCACAGGCUGUCAUCUCAUUUCAAGGAAUAGUGAAGAGAUUCCUGCAUUGGAAUCAAAUUAUUAAGGCAACGGCAAUCACGGAACUCCAUUUUAUUGUGGCGACUUCAGAUGCACGUGUGCAUUUUGUUAACUACCGGGGUCUUUUCUCUGUCACGCACACAUUUCACAUGCCAGCUGCAGUGGAAGCAAUUAUUACAAAGCCUGCUUUCAUGUUGAGGGGCCGCUUUGCGGAAGAGGGAAUUAAGAGCAGUCAAUCGAAAGAAUUUAUUGCCUUUUUUGCGGAUGUCACGGGACGGGUGCACAUCGCAGCAAUGCGUGGUUGUACCUCAAAUACAAAUGGCAAGCAUUCACAAGGUGGGCAUGUGACGUUGACGGAGCAAAGAGAAGGUUAUUAUUCUCAAUUCUCAGGGGAAAUGAUCGGGAGUUGGCUUCCACGGAAACCUGAAAGUUGGAUAGGGACUCAAUUGGAAGAACGGUUUCGGCAGCAGGAAAUUGGACGCCUCCAGUCGCGAACUGGGAAAAGGUCUUCGAUACUUAACACUAGCAGAACAAAGCACGCCCGGACAUCAAUCCUAGAUCAUAGAUUUCUCUCCCAGGACAUGUCUUUACCAGAUCCAGUGAUAUCAAGUGCAGUUAAUAUUGUGUUUUUGGACCACCACAACGUGCUGGUGACUCUGGAUGAAGAGGGGACAGUGCAAUUUUGGAAUGUGAGCGGUGCCGUGGCACAUUACCUGGACGAUUCUUUGGCAUCUUCCCCUGUGUUGAUUGCCACCUGGCAAAUACCGGAGCAGGAAGUCAUUUUUUUUGGCGCUGCCAGUCACCCGACGUUACAUCUGCCGCUGCUACUGACAGCGACAAGUGAUCUUCAGGUCACAUUGUGGUCUGCAGAUGGUAUUGCAUUGGGAACUUUAUCGACAGGGCGCGAGGCCGACGAGGCCUCCGGUGGGCGCCGGUUUGGACUACGACCGUACAGACUGUUGUCGGAGGACACAACCGCAGAACUCUGGGCGAAGUUUAUUACGCAAAUGGACCGGAUGGUUUUGUCUGAUACAUUGAAGGACAGCCCACUGCGCUUAAGAAGACGCUCGCAGGUAACCCUCACCUUUUCACAAGGGAGAGAAGGUGUGGCGAGACGCCCCUCCCAACUGAACGUCAGGCGUGCCAGCCAGCACUCGUGGAGACCAAGGCCUUCUGUUUCACUUACUCAUGUGGAUUCCACCGAAGAAACUGCCAUCGUCCGCAGUCAGAGAGGAAGUAAUAACUCACAAAGUUUCCAAAGCGACAAUGACAAAUAUAGCGGUUUUGACGAACAGUGCGAGGCAGACAUUAGGUCGAUUGUUAAGCCUGUUUACCAGAGCCUUGUUAAAUGCACUGAUUCGUCCUUCUCGCUGAAAAAAACAGGCGUUGUCUCCCUUCCCCCAUUAAAUGCAGCCACUGGGAGCCGCAGAAGACGUUUCCAACGGUAA